ACCAAUUCAAUUCUGCUACCAAGAACCCAAAGGGAAGGAAAUAGCGAAAUGGAGAAUGGGAACCACAAAGAAAUCCCUGAAGACGCCAAUGAACAUUGCCCAGGAACACAAUCAGAGGAUGCCGGAAAAUCUGAUGCUUGUGCCGGUUGCCCUAAUCAAGAAGCUUGUGCUUCUGCUCCUAAAGGCCCCGAUCCAGAUUUGGUAGUAAUUGCAGAAAGAAUGGCUACAGUGAAGCACAAGAUACUAGUUUUAUCAGGUAAAGGUGGGGUUGGCAAGAGCACGUUCUCCGCACAACUUUCAUUUGCAUUGGCCGCCAUGGAUUUUCAAGUAGGUCUACUCGACAUCGACAUAUGUGGGCCCAGCAUCCCAAAGAUGCUUGGUUUAGAAGGCCAAGAAAUUCACCAAAGCAACCUUGGUUGGUCCCCUGUUUUUGUUGACUCAAUAGGAGUGAUGUCAAUCGGGUUCAUGCUCCCUGACCCUGAUGACGCCGUCAUCUGGAGGGGUCCACGCAAGAACGGGAUCAUUAAACAAUUCCUCAAAGACGUUUAUUGGGGAGAACUCGAUUUUCUAGUUGUGGAUGCUCCACCAGGAACCUCAGAUGAACACAUCUCAAUUGUUCAAUUCCUCAAAGAAACAGGAAUAGAUGGUGCGAUUAUAGUCACCACCCCACAACAAGUUUCUUUGAUAGAUGUAAGGAAAGAGGUGAGUUUCUGCAAGAAAGUUGGGAUAAAGGUUCUUGGCGUCGUUGAAAACAUGAGCGGAUUAUGUCAACCCGUCACAGACUUCAAAUAUUUGAAACAAUCCAAGAAUGGAGAUCAAGAAGAUGUUACACGAUGGGCUAUGGAAAUAAUGAAAGAAAAGGCGCCAGAAUUGUUGGAUUUGGUGGCUUGCAGUGAAGUGUUCGAUAGCAGUGCAGGAGGAGCUGCAAAAAUGUGUCGUGAUAUGGGUGUCCCUUUUCUCGGGAAAGUUCCAUUGGAUCCGAAGCUAUGUAAAGCCGCUGAAGAAGGUAAAUCUUGUUUUUCCGGUGAGGAAUGUGGGGUGAGUGCUCCUGCACUUUCUGCUAUAAUCGCUAAAUUGCUGAAAGAUAACACAAUGACCUGAAAACUUGGUGCAAGUUAAUAGUGUUGUUUUAACGAGUUUGGUUAUGUGAUUCUUGUUUUCGUUCGAUGGAUAGGAUCGAGAUUUUCUUGAAUUUCCGUGUUAAUCUACAUAUGUGAAUUUUGACAUCUAUGUUUUAUAGAUGAUUUAUGUUCUCUAUUUGUGUUGGGUAUCUUUAUUUGCCCUAUGAUCAUCAUGUAUAUUGUACUACACAACAUAAUAAAUUAUACAGAACUUAUAUGGUCAUUCACUA